AUGAAAUUACUAUUUGUAUGUGUUGUAGUACUUGCAAUGGUCAUUGGUUCAAUGUCCCAAAAUAUUCCAAACUCUGUCUAUAUCCGUCGAUCUGGAGGAUUUGCAGGCCGGCAAAAGGAUUACGGCCAAAAUUUCAGACCAGACUACCCAGCCUACGAUGUCUAUGAAUUCAAUGCCCAAGUUGAUAACCCAUCCAAGAGCUUUGCAUGGAACCAAGAAGCCACCAAACCAAACAUCUGUCACCUAUUUGAAGAGCUUGUUGAACGUUAUGGUAGACAACUCUAG